AAUUGUCUGCUUGAAUUCCUCUAUAAAUACCACAAGGUGGCAACGCUUGUACUCACAGCCUCCCCUUGAAAGCACGAAGCUUUAAGCCAAUUGAGUUAAUAUACUUCUGUCUUGAUACUGUAUCUUACAAGGCCCCAGCUAUCACCACAGAGAUGUCUUCUCAUGUUUCAGCUGCUCCAAACUCAAUUCGAGAUGCCAUACCAGAUGUCACUCGACGCUCUGCAAAUUUCCAUCCGAGCAUCUGGGGUGAUUAUUUUGUUUGCCACACUUUCAACUCCAUGGUAAAUGUAAUAUAUUUUGAUGAUCAUUUUGAGCAAGAAUUUUAUAGGCUGAAGGAGGAGGUGAAGGAAAUGCUAUAUGCUACUACCAACAAGCUUUCAGAGCAACUGAACUUUAUCGAUGUAAUCCAACGUUUGGGAGUAUCUUACCUCUUUGAAAGUGAUAUUGAUCAAAUGUUGUGUGACUUGUACUAUCAAGGUAGUGGUGACGACUAUGUCCAUGAUCAUGACCUUCAAAUGGUUGCUCUUCGAUUUCGAUUACUUAGACAGCAAGGGCACUAUGUUUCAUGUGAUGUCUUCAAGAAGUUCAAGGAUACUGAAGGGAACUUUAAGGUUUGCCUAACUAAUGAUAUUCAAGGAAUGCUAAGCUUGUAUGAAGCUACACACCUCAGGGUUCACGGAGAAGAUAUUCUAGAGGAAGCACUUACCUUUGCUACCACUCAUCUCAAAUCAAUAACAACAGACAUGUGCCCUCCACUUUUGGUAAAGCUAAGGCAUGCCUUAGAUCAACCCAUCCACAAGGACCUACCAUGGCUAGGGGCAAAGCGUUACAUCUCUAGCUAUAAGCAAGAAGCUUCACAUGGUGAAGUUCUACUCAAAUUUGCAAAGCUAAAUUUCAACUUCCUCCAGAAUAUGCACCAAAAGGAACUUGCAGAUAUCACAAUGUGGUGGAAAAAGGUGGACCUUUCAAAGAAGCUACCAUUUGCAAGAGACAGACUUGUAGAAUGCUACUUCUGGAUAUUGGGAGUGUGCUUUGAGCCUCAAUACUCUUUCACUAGAAUAAUUAUGACUAAAGUAAUUGCCAUGACAUCAGUGAUGGAUGAUGUAUAUGAUGUAUAUGGUACAAUGGAAGAACUUGUACUCUUCACAGAUGCAAUUGAGAGGUGGGAUAUCAGCAAAAUCGAUCAUCUCCCAGAAUAUAUGAAGUUUUUUUACAAACAACUCUUUGAUGUUUUCAAAGAAAUUGAGACGGGGUUGGCCGAGCCAGGAAGAUCAUACAGGGUUGACUAUGCGAAAGAAGCAAUGAAGAAACAAGUUCAAGCCUAUUUUGUUGAAGCAAGAUGGCUCCAUGAAAAUUGCAUGCCAACAAUGGAUGAGUACAUGCGCAUCUCAUUGAUUUCCUCUGGCUAUCCCUUGCUCACAUGCAUAUCUUUUGUUGGGAUGGGAGAUAUUGUAACAAAAGAUGCCUUUGAAUGGCUAAACAAGGAUCCUAAGAUUGUUAAAGCUGCGUCCGUCAUAGCCAGGCUCAUGGAUGACACUGUAUCCCACAAGUUUGAACAAGAGAGAGCCCAUGUUGCCUCAGCAAUAGAGUGUUACAUGAACCAGCAUGAAGUUGCAGAGGAACAAGCAUAUGAUGAGCUACGCAGGCAAGUUGUGGAAGCAUGGAAAGACAUCAACGAAGAGUUGUUAAUCAUCCCUAAAGACCAUGUGCCGAUACCCCUCCUCACUCGAGUUCUCAACCUUGCCCGGGUGAUGGAUGUCAUGUACAAAGAUGGAGAUGGGUACACAAAUGCCAAUGGAAAAGUGAGAAAUUACAUUACUUCAUUGCUCAUUGAGCCAGUGUAGCUAGCUAGUUCGAGAUUAUUAGUUUCAUAGAUAACACUGUUAAAGUGUAAUUUAUAAUUUGAAACGUCAUUAAUUAUUUGCUUUAAUGAGUCAAAGU